GAGAGACGGUCCCGACCCAACGACGGGCAGGCAAUCAGUCCAUGAUUUGAAAAGGAUUUGAUAUUCAUGACAAGCACUUCCAAAGAAGCCGCACAAUGUCACGGGGAGAAAAAAAAUCCCCUGGAAAUGUUCCAGUCGGGGCACCUGGUAAAAAUCUGUGCGCCUAUGGUCCGUUAUUCCAAGCUGGCUUUCAGGACACUGGUCCGGAGAUACAACUGCGAUCUGUGUUACACGCCAAUGAUAAUUGCCGCUGAUUUCGUUAGGUCGGUGAAAGCUAGGGACAGCGAAUUCACCACAAACCAAGGCGACUGCCCGCUGAUCGUUCAGUUUGCUGCUAAAGACGCGCAACUCCUAGCCGAUGCCGCGACUAUCGUCUGCCCGUACGCCAGUGGAAUAGACGUUAACUGUGGGUGCCCUCAGAGGUGGGCGAUGGCAGAAGGUUAUGGUGCCUGUUUAAUAAAUAAUCCUGAGCUUGUCAGAGACAUGGUAAGACAAGUAAGGAAUCAAGUGGACGACAUCGCAUUUUCCGUGUCAAUUAAAAUAAGGAUUCACGAUCGUCUCCCAAGAACUAUAGAUCUCUGCCGAAAGGCCGAGGCCACGGGGGUCUCCUGGAUAACGGUUCACGGGAGGACCGUUGAAGAAAGACACCAACCGGUACAUUACGACGCGGUUAAAAUAAUUAAGGAAAACGUCUCCAUACCCGUCGUCGUCAACGGAGACAUUAAAAGCUUGAAAGAGGCCGAGACAGUGAAGCAAAUGACGAGGACGGACGGCGUCAUGGUGGCCAGGGGGCUCUUGGCCAAUCCAGCCAUGUUUGCGGGGUACGAAGAAACCCCGCUGAAGUGCAUCUGGGACUGGGUUGAUAUCUCUCUCGAACACGGAACUCCUUUUACGUGUUUUCAUCAUCAUCUAAUGUACAUGAUGGAAAGGAUCACCUCAAAGCAGGAAAAAAGGAUGUUUAACGCGCUCUCCAGCACCUCGGCGGUGUUAGAUUACCUCGCGGAUCAUUACGGCGUAUAACGGUUCUGAAGCUGUGUGGACAUUGUGUAUCCAUUUUAUACUUUGCGGAAAACUCAAGUCCGUGCAGGAGUGACAGACGGAAACGGACACGCCGACACGGAAAACCCAGCGGCGAGGGCAGGGAGGGAGAGAUUCCUGAAGGAAAUGGACCGAGAAGCUGAGAGGGAAAGGGUGGAGCCCGCUGUUGGGUAGGGACCGUCUCUAUAUGUUGCCAACUUGUACUUCCCAAGCGCUUAGUACAGUGCUCAAGCGUUCAAUAAAUACGAUUGAAUGAAUGGAAGGGCAGGCGGAUCCGAGUUCUUAACGUCU